AAAAAAAACGUUAAAUUCAACACUACCCCUACUUCUUUCUCUCUCUCUCUCCUUUCUCAUGCAACUCAACAGCAGACCUUAGCAAUGUCAACAAUGGAGGAUCAUAAAUUUCAACUUCCUCCUUCUACUCAUUGUCUUCGCUCCUCAAAAUACAGUCGAAUUUCGGAAAAUUUUAAACAUUCAGUUUUCAGACUCGCUAAUUCUGACCCAAACAAUCCCUUACCUCCUUCUCAAAUUGCCUUCAUUGAACAGAAAAUUCGCUUAACUUUCCCUGCUUUUCACACUCCUAAUCACCCCCCUUAUUCUUCUAUGAUAGAAAGUGCUAUUGAGGAAUUGAAGAAAGAAGAUGGGUCAAAUGUGGAGUCUAUUACGAAGAAAAUUAAAGAAAAGUAUGAUAGUCUGCCAUGGGCACAUAGUAUAUAUGUAAGUCAUCAUUUGAGGAAAAUGUGUGAAAACGGUGAGGUUGUAUGUACUUCUAGUAAAUUGUAUACUACACCGGGGUUAAUAGAAAAGCGUAAUAUGAAAAGUAAACAGGCGAGGCGAAGAUUGGGAAGGAAAAGAAAAGAGUUUGUGAUUAAAGAGGGGAAUUCAGUUGAAGAAAUUGAGGUUGAAGAGAGUGGAGAUGUGAAGGGGUUUCAAGAGGAAAAGGUGUUUGGGAGGAGCAGGAUGAAGAGGAGAAGGGGGAGUCGUAUGGUUGUCAAGGAAGAUGAUGAAGUUGGGGGAGCUUGGGUUGUUGGAGGAGACAAUACUGUUACCAGCACUUGCAGUAGCCAAAACCUGGGGGUUGAUAAGUGCAACAAGGAAGUGGCGGUAGAAGAUGGAGGUGAUGUAACUGGAAGGAGGAGGUUAAAGCGGUUAAGGCUGAAAUGCGCGGUUCUUGAAGAAGAUGAUGAAAUUGGGGGAGCUGCGGUUGUUGGAGGAGAGCAUAAUAUUGUUGGCAGUAGCCAAAACUUGAUGGUUGACAAGUGUAAUGAGGCGGUGGCUGUAGAAUAUGGAGAUGAAGUAACUGGAGGGAGCAGGCCAAAGCGGAAAAGGUGGAGUUGCAUGGUUGUUGAAGACGAUGAUGUAGGUGGCGGAGCUACAGUUAUUAGAGGAGAUCAUAGAAGUAGCCAAAACUUGGUGGUUGUGAAGUGUAAUGAGGCGUUAGGGGUAAAAGAUGGAGAUGAUGUAACUGGGAAAGCUAGUGAGAUAUCUGAUGAAUUGGGUGGUAUUGGCACAGUUGGUGAAGAUGACGUGCUUGAGGAGCCACAGACAGAAUUCCAAUGUCAAGUUAACAGUCAAGUCCUUUCAUUAGAUGAUGACGAGUGUGCAGAAAAAACUGAACCAGAGUUAUUGGCUCCAUUAUCUGUGGGAGUAUUGCAUGCUGAAACUGAGGGUGAAGAUAAAAAUAAAAUGGUGAGCAUGGCUGAUGAUAAGACUGCUGCUAAAUCGGUGCAUUUACCUCUUGAGUGUGUCAAGAAGUCAUCCGUGGACAGUAAUAUGGUGUUGAAUAUUAGGGUUGAUGGUCCUGAGGCGGUUGUAAAAGAAUCUUUCUUGAAGGAAAAUGAGCUUAUGAUUGUACCUUUUGUGGACAAUACUCCGUUAUUGCAUGCUGAACCUGAGGGUGAAGAUAAAAAUGAUUUGGUGAGCAUGCUUGAUGAUAAGUCUGCUGCUGAACCGGUGCAUGUGCCUGUUGAGUAUGUCAUGAAGUCUUCCUUAAACACUAAUACGGUGUCGAAUGUUAGGGUUGAUGGACCUAAGGCGGCUGUAGAAGAAUCUUUCUUGAAAGGAAAUGAGCUUAUGAUUGUACCUAUUGUGGACAAUACUCCAAUAUCUGCUGUUAAUGCUGAAAUAAAUACAGAGAGAGGGGAUAACAUAAUUGUAUGUGGUUUGUCAAUCCCAGAUCUAGACCAACCAAAAAGGAAAAAGCAGGUCUAUUCCUCCAAAAAGAGGUUCAAAGCUUGCCAAAGAAAGAUGAAAGUCGCUUCAAAAUCAAUGCCAUCUAAACCAGCUUUAGCUGUGGGUCGUAAUCUGCUUGAUCAUUUCCCUCUUCAUGAACUUUCUUCUCGGAGAGGUGUGGAGCCUAAGCUUUGUGCAACCCUGUUGGAGUCUCCAAAGGUCAAGGAAUUACCUUCUGGUCAAAGUCAACAUGCUUGUACUUCUUUGCUUGAAGAUGGUUCCAUAAAACAGCUGGAAAGACGGAAGUCUCUGGACCCUCUACACUACCCAAGGAGCCUCGAAGACCUUAUAACAGUUGCAGAUGAAGAGAAUUUACCCCUUCAACAGGUAUUGGAGAAGUGUGGUAAGCGAAAAAAGCAUGCAGGACAAUUACUGACAGCAAAUACUCCUUUACCGACUGAGGCAUCAUUAAUAUCAGCUUCAAAAUUACAAUUAAACCUAUCGACUUCAGUAAAAUCUGUGGCUAAGAACAAAGAAAAACAACCACCACAACAGUGGCGGCAGGAGCUUAAGCCACAAGAUCUAAAGCAUUGUAGUUUUGAGGCAGAUACUGCUGCUGCAACUGGAAGCAAGACAUCACCAUUGCUUAAAAUGGAAAAACGGAGAAACAGGCAGAGGCGCAUAGAACAUGAGCCUAAGUUUCCUGUAGAUUCUGCAGAAGAAAAUGUUGAUAUGGUGCAUCAGCACCAACAGAAAGGUCAAGGUCAGGAUCAAGAAAGCUCUCUACAUCUCAAACUAACUGCUGAAACUUUUGCUUUCUGUGAUGAAGGUCGUAGUUGGGAAGAAAACAAACAGACAAGGAGCGACCAUGAUCUUCCUUGUGAAUCAGAACAAUCAAUUGAAGUAACUACAGUAGAGUCUUCUCCAAUUCAGCAUCUGAAUGGAAAGGAAGACGAAGUAUAUAUAGGUGAAAUGGUAACAACUGCUUUAAUGGAGGAAAAAGUGUCAACACAGGAUCAUGAUUAUCAGAAGUUCAUUGACCAACAAAAGGAGGCAAAAGAGGUAACAACUGCCACUUAUUUCCUUUUGCAGCCUCAAUAUGUUCAACAACAGGUAGGGCCAUCUGGAUCAGCAUCCAAUUUGAUUGUUGAAGGACCAUCAGAAUCAGCAACCAAUUUGAUUAUUAAAGAGACAUCCUCCGUGCUUUGCCAGGUUGAUAAGAUCAGCAGCCAUGAACUGGUAACUGAUUGCCGGAGUGUUCUUCCACAGGUUAUGCAAUCAGGAUUUGUUGUUACAGAACAUGUGGCAUCAGAAAUUUUGCAAAGGGAGCAAGAAAAACACCAAAAGCAGCCCAUAACCAAAUCACCUUUCUCUGUACCACCCUUGCAGCAUCAAAUAGAAGACCAAGAAGACAAAAGUCAAACUGAUAGACUUCAGGAUCUAGAAGCAACUAUGGCUACUGUUGUUGAGGAAAAUGUUCGUACUUCCUAUCAAAAUGUUGAGCAGCAGAUCAAACUGGAGGAGAGAGAAAUUAGACAAAGGCCUUUGAAACAGUUAGAACUAAGCAAGGAAGAUGUAGUAUCUUCAUCAAAUGAGCAUCUUCAGCAGCAAGAAGGGAUGUCUAAACCUGCAUCUUACCAGAAUCUGAAGCGACAAAACAAACAGCAGAAAGUCCGGGGAGUGCCUCGUACCAAAAAGAGAACCACAGGGGAGGUUGUUGAUUCACUGAACUUGCAACCUCAGUUACAAGGAUUGUCUGAACUCGCAACUGGUCAACAUUCUCAGCAGCAAAGGGAACAACCAAAGAAACGAGGAAGACCUCUGAAGUAUACAGAAGAAACCAAGGGAAGUGCAGUAGCUUUAUCAAAUGUGAAUCUUCAGCAACUAGGGAUGUCUGAGAAAUUAGUUGAUGAGAAUUCUCAAUGGAAAAUCAAACAACCAAAGAAAGGUGGCACAAGAAGGCAACGGAAUAAAAUAGAAGCUACGAAGGAAGAUAAACCAGUCUCUUUAAAACUUCAUUUUCAGCCGCAAGAUUCAUGUGAACCAUCAACUGGUCUGCAAUCUGAGAAACAUACCGAACAGGUGAAAAAUAUAAGCCUUGAGAGGCCUCGGAAACAACGAAAAGCAACCAUGCCAACCAAUGAAGAUGAAGUGGCCUCUUUGAAUUUACAUGCUCCUCAACAAGAAUGGUUGUCUGAAUCAGCGAUUGGGGAACAUUCUCAGCAGAAAAUUAAACUGCCUGAAACGGUUAGCCGAGGAAGGACACGGAAACAAAUAGAAGUUUCCAAGGAAGAUGCUGCAGUUUUAUCAAAUUUGCAUCUUCAGCAACAAGUUGAGUCAUCUGAACCUGAUAAAUCGCAAAGUGAAGUUCACGGGACACCUGAAACUGGACAGGCUAUGCCACCCUCAGAUGAAGAUAUUCAUCAAUUGCCAAAGAAGCAAAAAUUGCACAGUGGAGUUCAGCGUCCUAAAACAAGAGCAAUGACUGCUGCCUCAGACAACCAGCCUAAUCAACAGGAAGAAGAGCAGCACUGUCUUGAAAAUGAGGAGAAACAGGGAAAAUUUGAAGGCCAACAGAGACCUCUGAAAGAAAAGCCAGUGAAGAUUACAGUAGUUUCCCUGGCCUCCAAAGAUCAGUUACGCUCACGGAUAAAACGCCAACCUCAGGAUAGCACAUGAAGUAUACUUAUUCUCUGCCAGCCAGGAUUAAAUUAUGGAAGGAAAAAUUAGUGAGCAGUCAACAAUCAUGCAAGGAAAUCAAGAUAAUUGUGUCCGAACUUGUAAUAUUCACACUAAACUAUUUAGUGCAGGCUGGAUGAUCCUUUGAGUCUUGUCUGUUAAGUUGUUUGAUGUAUCAUUAUGCUUUCCGACUUUUUAGUAGAUCUAAGUGUUGUCUGUUCGAAUGCAGCUCCUGUAUUUUUAUUCUACGUUUCUGAUGUAGGCUACCCUUGGACUCUAA